CACAGAGAGUUGCUCCUCCUCUCACAGAGAUUCCUACAAUGAAGAUGCAGUCCUGUGGCUGUUUGCUGUUUACCUGCCUGCUGGUCAUUACUGUGCUGCACUGUCAUGUGGAUGGCUUCAGAGUCCAACAUCAGCGUGUGGACCGACCCGUGUCCAGGCCUCUGAUGGCUCUGCACCUCCGCCCUGGAGGAGUGAAGAGGGAAGGGGAGGAGCUAACAGCCAAACUGCUCCGGAUGGACGACCUGGUGAGAAUGGAGAACGAUGUCAUGGAGCCAAAGAGGAAGAGGAGUUUCCCCGGGAACAGCUCACCUCUGGACCGCCUGUCAAUCAGCUCCAUGGAAACCAAACAGACAACAAACAAGCAGAGCAAAGUUGUGGAGUCGCCACGCCGACGAGUCAAUCCUCCACCCAUGGACAGGAUUGGCAUGAGUCGUCUACCAAACAGCAGAGGGUAGACAACAACUACUUCCCCAGAUGACCCGCCCCCUCUCCAUAGUGCCCUCCUUUGACCAGAUGACUCCCCCACAGAUGCAUGAAACAGCCAAUCACAGACUGCCAGUCACUUGCUGGGACACGCCCACCACAGCCUCUCACCCGUCAUUCAUCCUUUCACCUUUGCCCCCUCACAGCCAUGAAUGUUUAAUGACGAUGUGUUCAGGUGUUGCUCUGUAGAUCCAUAACACGUUCAGAUGUGUCAGGACCAAAGAAAAGACUAAAACUAAAUCUUUUCUCAGAUCCAUGAAAUGUGAUCGAUAAUUGAUCAGAUUAAAUAUUUAUGUCACAGCCGUACAGUCUUAAUAUAAAACAGAAACAUAAUCAAAACUGUGUCGUUUCCACGACUAAAAUCACAGUUACAGUGUGGUUGUGUGAGGUACUGAUAUAAAGUCAAUGAUGGGAACACAAGGAAAAACAGAGUUAAGCCACAACACAAAGUCUCACCGAAUAAAAUCUGCAUCUACUUAAGUCUUUCUUUAUCUCGCUCUUACAUAGCCUUUUCUAAGAGGAAACUAAAGUUUGUAAACGACUCACUCUCUCACACCAAGGUCCGUAGAUAAAAUCAAUCUUUGCUAUGUUUGUAUAAUAUAUAAGUAAAUCAGAAUGCAGAUUUAACACCUAAAUCACACAUUUGCACUGGACCUUUAGUUUGGGAGAGUGAGGGGUUUCAAUUAUUUUUUGUUUUAUUUUUUUUAGGUUUGUUUGUUUUUUAACCAGUGGGAAUGUGGAGUCAGUACCUUCUAUAACCACACAUUAACAAAACUUCAAAUGAGACUGAAUUCAAAAUGUGUUCCAAUCUGAAUCCCUCCGUUUUGUAACUCUCUGACUAUCAAAAACAAACAAAUGCACUUGAACGUGUCACCACCCGACCAGAGGAGUCUGCCGCCUCAACACUCAGACUGACACGACUUGACUUGAGUUUUUUUUAUCAGCAGUGCAGGGCUGUUUACAGCAGGACGACACACUGAGAUAUUAACGCUGCACAGUGACACCACUUAUGUGAAAGCAGGAGCCUAGCAACAGAGGGAUUACCUGGGAUCCUGAGUUGAGAUCAGGGGCCCAUUAGUCCACAGCAACAACAGAUUCACUUCUAUAAUUGGCUGUGUGCAGGAGACGACAUCCUGACUAUGUUUAAUACCAUUACCUUCUGUGUGAGCGCCAUGUACGACUUUGUUAAAGCACGCCCUUUGUCAACUGUACAUAUAAAAAGCCUUCGACUUAAUAAUUUUCAUUUUAAGCAAUUUUUACCCUUGAAUAAAUAUACAGUUGAUGAUUAAUUUAGUAAUUGUGCUUUCGUUGACCUGCUCGUAAUUGCUUAAUGCUAGGCUAGCCUCCUCAGCUCCUGCCAUGUGGGAAUUUUUAAGUAAACAGUUAUGAAUGCAGAGUCCAUGCUUUGGCACAACCAUUUCCAGAGUUUACCACCUGGAAAACAGCCUUUGCGAUAAGGUCAAAAAUAAACACUACUGACUGAUCAUCGAAAGUAAAAGUCAGUUUCUGGUUUCAGGAGUCGUUACACGGCUAUUUAAUUACAUUUCUGUUGAACAUUUAAUCUUUAGUCAAUGUUCAAAAAAUGGAAAGAAGUCAGGUCCAUUUUUACUUUUGUGCAUCGUUUCUGAUCAAUUCCACAGCGUGGGUUUCCAAACAAAUGGGUUUUCUGACUUGUAACUUCUAGUUAGGUUAGAGAAGCAUGUACAUGUCUAAGUGAUAGAGUGAAUAGAAAUGCAGUCUCCUCUCAGGGUAAGUUUCCCAUCAGAAAAUUCAAGUGGUCAGGUUGUUUUUUUUUUUUUAACCUUGUAUUAAAGACGUUUCCUCGAUAAAAGAUGAAUGGAAAAUGUAUUGUUUCUAAAUUUGUUUAAGACAUGUCCAACUUCCAGAAUAUUCCUGUAAGAGCCGACGCCCGGCAGUGAUGUUUUCUGGUGAAAAACAACUUCCUGUCAGCUGCAGAUUCAGGUUCUGCUGCAUCAGCGCAGCAUCAGUGUAUGAAAUGAACCAUAAAGAGGAUUUAUAGGACGACGGUGCGACACGGUGGUGCAGUGGAGGUUCAAACCUCAUCUCAUUGUUCCUGUCUGUGUUCAGUCCUGCUCACUGCUGCUGGUUUUUAAUGCUUUUCACUGCCUUGAUUUUCAUUGUGCUUUAAUAAAGAGUUAAUGAUCCCAUGCUCACACUUUUUGUUUGUAAAGGGACAAAUGUGGCCAAAAAAUACAACACUUGCCACUUUUCAUUACAAGACUGAUGGACUCAGAUCUCUAUAAAACGUAAAGCCAACAGAAAGUAAGCCAUUUCUAAGUUGUUGUAUAAUCUGCAGUUGUCAGACUGUGUCAGUCUUUGAAAUACUAUAUUUUAGACACUAUGCCUGUGGCUGCAUGGCA